UUCUUGCCCACCUUAAAAGCAGGUGAAAACCUGAGAAGAUGUGCCUUUCCCUAAACUCUGAGUCUGAUUCUUGAGACUCUCUCUCUCUGUCAUUCUGACAAGAACACACUGACAAGAUGCCCAAAUCAGGAGGAUACAGCAGCCAGUCCUCCGGUAACACGCCCAAAAGCUACUCGAACGACGCCACUAACAAGGACCUUCUCAAGCCCAUGAACCCCCAGGUGGACCCCAAGGACCAGUCGGACAAGAGCCAGGAGAAGGACCAGCUGGUUGGACUCAACGACAAGUUUGUAGCGUUCAUUGACAAGGUGUGUUAUUUUAUUAUUAUAUUAUUAUUAUUAUUAAUAAUAAUAAUAAUUGUAUUGAUGGAUUGGAUUUAUUAUUUUACCUGCAAAAUCAAUAGAUUGAUGCAAUAGGUCUGUCUGAAGUCUGCUGGUAAUAGAGAAACAUCUGUAUGGCACUCCUACAUCAUUAUUUCAGCCACAUGCUAUUUGAUUUGAUGCUUAAUUAAUGCGUUUUCUUCCAAUUCAUUGUGUAAUAAUUCCAUUAGAUAGACCCAAAGCAAAUCUUGACAUAAAACAAUUUUAUAUUUCUAAUUGUCUACAGCCCUACCGUAUUAUACAUUCUACUUAACUGUCAUUAUACUUCAUUACCACCUUUACAGAAUUAGAGGCCUACCUUCACUAAAAUAAGAGCCUCUGUAAUCAUCCCAGCAGCGGAGUUUAUGUAGCCAAAACAUUCUACCCAGAGAGAGGUAUUCUAGAGCUCUCAUCACCAUCACUCACACCUGUAAAGAAAACCUGUCAGACAUAUUAUUUUCUCUCUUUCUCCGUCGCUCAUAUGGCGUUUUCAACUGCUGAGGUGCCACCUUGUGGCCAAUAACAGAAUACCAUUUCAAAAUUGAAAAGCGUUACAUUAUUUUUCAUUUCUUUCAAAUAUUGCAAACUUUCCAAAUCUAUUUUCUUAUAUAGAUUUUUGGACUUGGACUUUGUCAAUAUUGUAUAAUAUUUUUGUUAGGUUACAUUUGUGAGAGGGGUGGCCAAGUUGUUGUUAACAUACCCUAAGUUCCGUGUAGCUCAGUUGGUAGCGCAUGGCCAUGCGCCAGGGUUGUGGGUUUGAUUCCCACGGGGGACCAGUAUUAAAAUGUAUGUACACACUACUCUAAGUUGCCAUGGAGAAGAGCGUCUGCUAAAUGACUCAAAAUGUAUCCCUCAGUGACAUAAAUGGAUAGGAGUUGUUGCCUUCUAUAACUCAUUAUAGUUUACUGACUGGUUUCAGAUGCAACAACCUUGAUUUACUUUCUGAUCCAACUCUCUCUCUUUCUCUCUCUCUCUCUCUCUCUCUCGCUCUCCUUUAGGUGCAAAAUCUGGAGCAGCAGAACACGGUCCUGGACACGCAUCUGAAGAUCCUGAAGGAGCAGGAGGACUACAAGGGCAACGUGGACGCUGUGGUCCAACAGCUGGCCAACGAGCUGCAGCAGCAGAUCGAGAACCUGGCCCGGGACAAACAGAAACUGACGCAGGAGCUGGCACGCUGCCAGGACGAAGUGGACCAGACACGCAACAAGUCAGUGACUUCAUUUUUACAUUUUAGUCAUUUACUUCACAGAGCCUUUCGUAGUUAGGUAAUAAUCCUAAUAGAAGAAUCGAAUAGAACAGAAUAGAAUGGAAUAUAAUACAAAAUAAUACAAUGCAAUAGAAUAGAAUGGCAUUGAAUUUAGUUUUAUUUAAUUGGACAACAUGCACUCCAAAAGAUAGAUCUAAAUCUUUCAUGUAUUUACCAUUACAGAAACCCCUAACAAACCACCCAACACUUGAUUCCUGUGAAGCAAGCCUAUGGAGUAAACUAGGACCGAGACAACAGUAAAGUGUAUAAUAUAAAUCAUAGUUUAGAUAUUGCACAGGUCACCAGGACUCCAGGAAAUGCCAUUGUACACAACAGGAACCUCAUCAGUCUAUAGUGACAAAGAGCAUUUUCUCACGCUAGGCUACGGAGCAUUUUUCCACCUGGGUCACCAGUUCUCAAGAGUCAGAGGUGCUAAUUCUUCAUCCUUACAUAAGCCUCUGUCCACUGGGUUGAGUUAGGUACGUACAGGGGAGCUCUGGUGUGCCCUGCACUAUGUCUGUUGGGAGAGGUACAUGUACUGUAGUCAGUGUACACUCCCCAGCCACUCUACUCCACUCUACCCGCUAACCAGGGACCUCUGUGCUGCACAGUACCCAGAGACAGGGCUCUGAGAGAGGAGAGAAUGUGGAACCCUUAGGGACCUGGGCUCUUACCCAGUCUGGAUCCAACUCAACACAGGCACGAUAUGCUAGGGUGUCUGUCUGACAUGAAGUGUGUGGGGGGGGGGGGACAAAGCAGCAGAUGGUCUGACUGUAGGAUGAUGAGUUGACAUGUCAGUGAAAUGUUUUUUGUAGGAAAGAGGGGAAGAGGGGACUUGGAGAUGUGUGUGGUGUGUCGUGCGGCCGCGGGUGUGUGUGUUUACCUGAGCUCCCAUACCUUGGUGGCAGGUAGCCUAGAGGUUAAGAGCAGUGGGCCUGUAACCAAAGGGUUGCUAGUUUGAAUCCCCAAGCUGACUAGGUGAAACAUCUAUCUGUGCCCUUGAGCAAGGCACUUCACGCUAAUUAUUCCUAUAAGUCACUCUGGAUAAGAGCAUCUGCUAAAUGACUAAAAUAUCAAAACAACAAUUAUCCGCUCUGUGGUCCUCCAGGUACCAGGAUGAAGUCCAGGUGAAGGUGGAUCUGGAGAAUGACUUUGUGAUCAACAAGAAGGAAAUGGAUGAGGGCCACCUGGCAGCAGUGAAACUGGCUCUGGAACUGGAGGACCUGAUGGGAGAACUGGACUUCCUGAGGCGGGGCUAUGACGAGGUAGGCUGACUGACACGCCAAUCAGAGGCUAGGUGGAACCAGAACCAUAUAUAGCUAACAUGGCGUCCAGUGUUAAAGUUUGCCAAACUCUUUAUACUACAUGGAGCUAUUGUAACUUACAAUCUCAAAUCUGCCAACUAGGGCAGAGGGAAGGAGGCAGUUGUCUGGAAUGAGACGCAGCCCAGAUCUCCUUCUCUAAUGUAGUGUUGUUGUCCUGGCUGUGGUGAGACAGGAGCUGAAGGAGCUGGAGUCUCAGAUCCAGAAUGAGACAUUGGUUGUGAAGGAGAGCAACAAGAGAGCUCUAGACAUGGACGAGAUCAUCGACAGUGUCAAGAAACAGUACGCUGACAUGGCCUCCCAUGCCAGAGAGGAGGCAGAGCUGUGGAACCAGAAAAAGGUGAUAAUAUUUUAGGUAAUUUAGCAGACACUCUUAUCCAGAGCAAUAAGGGUUAAAUGCCUUGCUCAAGGGCACGUUGACAUAUUUUUCACCUAGUCGGCUCAGGGAUUAGAACCAACGACUUUUCAUUUACUGGCCCAUCGUUCUUAACCACUAGGCUACCUGCCAUCCAGCGGCAGCGUUGGUAUCUAUUAUCCUUCAAGAAUAACUUUUGUUUCACAACUUCACCACAGUUACACACCAGAGCCACACACACACCUACAUUAUGUAUCACAGUAAAUGAUGAUGAUGAUGCAACAAGGGUGAUGGCUAUCCUAAAUAUAUUCCCUGAUUCCCCCUCUAUCCCUUCUCCCCCUCUCUCUUUCUCCCUCCCUCUCCUCCCCAUCUCCUCCUAUCAGAUGGAUGACAUAGUGCUGACAGCAGGGCAGUAUGAUCACGAUGUACGUGAUGUGAAGAAGGAGAUUGCUGACAUGCUCCGUCUCAUCCAGAGACUGAAGGCAGAGCUGGAGGCCCUCAAGAGACAGGUGAGACGCUCUCUCUCACACACACAAUCAGGCACACACACACAAUCAGUCCAUAUCCUUCUCCACUUCCAUUAUCCCUCUAACCUCCCCCUCCCCCUCCCUCUCCCCCUUCCCUCUCCCCUCCCCCUUCCCCCUUCCCCUCCCCCCCUUCCCCCUCCCUCCCUCCCUCCCUCCCCUCCCUCUCCCCUUCCCCUCCCCCUCCCCCCUCCCCCCCUCCCUCUCCCCCUCCCCUCCCCCUCCCCCCUCCCCCUCCCUCUCCCCCCUCCCUCUCCCCCUCCCCCCCCCCUCUCCCCCUCUCCCUCUUCCCCCCUCCCCCCCCCUCUCCCCCUCCCCUCUCCCCCCCUCCCCCCCCUCUCCCCCCUCUCCCCCUCCCCCCUCUUCCCCUGUUCAGAAAAUGGUUCUUGAGAAGGACAUUGAGGAUGCAGAGGUGGAUGGGCAGAAUGCGUUGGAGCAGGCCAGGGAUAAUAUUGUUGAGCUGGAGGACGCUCUCCGCAGGGCCAAGCAGGACAUGGCCCGUCAGGUCAGGGAGUACCAGGAACUGAUGAACCUCAAACUGGCCCUGGACAUCGAGAUCGCCACCUACAGGAAACUACUGGAGGGAGAGGAGAUGAGGUGAGUGGCACAGUGGAGCGGGGAGGCCGGGGAGAGAAGUGUGUGUGGUGGCGGGGGAUGUAGGGGGGUUAUGUGUGUAUGGGUGGGGUCAGGGGUGUGUUUGUGUGUGUGUGUCUGUGUGUGUGUGUGUGUGUGUGUGUGUGAGAGAGAGAGAGAUUGAAAUCGAAAAAUACUGUAGUAUCCUGCCUAUACUUAGCCUGUAUUCUCUCUUGUCAUUUCAGAAUGAAUAACCAUAUACGUCAGCAAGGUAAGAGCUCUUCUUAUUCCCCCCCCCCAGUGAUUCACUCUCUUCUUCAUUAGUUUAUUCAACCUUAGAACCUCUAGGUAGCAUCUACAUGAUUCUUUCCCCUUCCGAGUAGUUCUUUCCCAUCCUCAGUAAAUGUGUAGGAGGGUGAGUAAGAAGGGAAAGAUCUGAUAGGAAGGAACUGUGAUCUGUGUUUUGUCAUGAUCUGUGUGUGUCCUACUAAAAUCCAAUCAUAUCUCUUUUGCUCAGAUUACUAAACAAACCAACCAAUACCAGUCCUUGCUUGCACGCAGACAUUGAUUUUCCGUCGAAGCCCCUCCUGACUCUGAAGCCCCUCCCAUUAGAUACCGUUGCCCCCCCAACCAUCCCCAGGAAGCGUGUGCUGAUCAGAAUUGAGGUGGAGGAGGGCAAGGUCGUGUCCAAGAGCUCGCACUACUCAGACGAUUAA